AUGCACCCAUGCACCGAGCCACUGUGCUCCUGCUGUGCACCCGCACACCGAGCCAUCGUGGGUGCCGAGCCGCUGUGCACCCGUGCACCGAGCCACGGUGGCCGCGCCGUGCGCCCAGCCUCGCUGUGCCCUCCCAGGUACUGGGCUUCCCUGAGGAACCUGGUGGUCUCUCUCCUGAACUCCAUGAAGUCCAUCAUCAGCCUCUUGUUCCUCCUCUUCCUCUUCAUCGUCGUCUUUGCCCUUUUGGGGAUGCAGCUCUUCGGGGGACACGAUGAAGAGGCAUUGGCAGGCCCGCCCUCUCCCGGCCCCCCCCCCGCCCCCCCCCCCCCGGCCGCUGCCGGGGGCCUGCCGCCCAGCCGGGCCCCCAUGGGCAACCACACCGAGUGCCUGGCGGGCCAGCCCCCAGCCACCGCCGCCAACCGCCGGGUGCCCAACAACCCCUCGGGCCCCCCCAAGACCCCCGAGAACAGCCUCAUCGUCACCAACCCCGGCCCCCACAACAACCCAGUCAAGGCAGCCAAGAAGCCUGAGCAUACGGCCGUGGAGAUCCCACCGCCCUUCCCGCCGCCCGUCCACAACACCGUCAUCCAAGUGAACAAGAACGCCAACCCCGACCCACUGCCCAAGAAAGAGGAGGAGAAGAAAGAGGAAGAAGCUGAUGAUCAAGAGGAAAAUGGACCCAAGCCCAUGGUGCCGUACAGCUCCAUGUUCAUCCUCUCCACCACCAACCCCUUUCGCCGGCUGUGCCACUACAUCGUCAACCUGCGCUACUUUGAGAUGUGCAUCCUCAUGGUCAUCGCCAUGAGCAGCAUCGCUCUGGCCGCCGAGGACCCCGUGCAGCCCAACGCUCCCCGCAACAACGUCUUGCGCUACUUCGACUACGUCUUCACGGGUGUCUUCACCUUUGAGAUGGUGAUCAAGAUGGUGGAUUUGGGGCUGGUGCUUCACCAAGGUGCCUAUUUCCGGGACCUGUGGAACAUCCUGGACUUCAUCGUGGUCAGCGGGGCGCUGGUGGCCUUUGCCUUCACCGGCAGCAGCAAAGGGAAGGACAUCAACACCAUCAAGUCCCUCCGCGUCCUCCGCGUCCUCCGGCCCCUGAAGACCAUCAAAAGGCUGCCAAAGCUCAAGGCUGUCUUCGACUGCGUCGUGAACUCCCUCAAGAACGUCCUCAACAUCCUCAUCGUCUACAUGCUCUUCAUGUUCAUCUUUGCCGUGGUGGCUGUCCAGCUCUUCAAGGGCAAGUUCUUCUACUGCACCGAUGAGUCCAAAGAGUUUGAGAAGGACUGUAGGGGGGAAUAUCUGGUCUACGAGAAGGACAAUGAGGUCAAGGCACAGAAGCGGGAGUGGAAGAAGUACGAGUUUCACUAUGACAACGUGCUCUGGGCUCUGCUCACCCUCUUCACCGUGUCCACAGGAGAAGGCUGGCCACAGGUCCUCAAGCACUCGGUGGAUGCCACCUACGAGAACCAGGGCCCCAGCCCAGGCUACCGCAUGGAGAUGUCCAUCUUCUACGUGGUCUACUUUGUGGUCUUCCCCUUCUUCUUCGUCAACAUCUUUGUGGCCUUGAUCAUCAUCACCUUCCAGGAGCAAGGGGACAAGAUGAUGGAGGAGUACAGCCUGGAGAAGAAUGAGAGGGCCUGCAUCGACUUCGCCAUCAGUGCGAAGCCCCUGACGCGCCACAUGCCCCAGAACCGCCAGAGCUUCCAGUACCGCAUGUGGCAGUUUGUGGUGUCCCCUCCCUUCGAGUACACCAUCAUGGCCAUGAUCGCCCUCAACACCAUCGUCCUCAUGAUGAAGUUCUACGACGCCUCGGACGCCUACGAGAACGUGCUGAAGAUGUUCAACAACGUCUUCACCUCCCUCUUCUCCCUCGAGUGUCUCCUCAAGAUCAUGGCCUUUGGUGUGCUGAAUUAUUUCCGCGAUGCCUGGAAUAUCUUUGAUUUUGUCACAGUUCUGGGGAGCAUCACAGACAUCCUAGUGACUGAGUUUGGGAACAACUUCAUCAACCUCAGCUUCCUGCGCCUCUUCCGGGCCGCCCGACUCAUCAAGCUGCUCCGCCAAGGUUACACCAUCCGCAUCCUGCUCUGGACCUUCGUCCAGUCCUUCAAGGCCUUGCCCUACGUGUGCCUGCUCAUCGCCAUGCUCUUCUUCAUCUACGCCAUCAUCGGGAUGCAGGUGUUUGGCAACAUCGGUAUUGAGGAGGAGGAUGAUGAGUCGGCCAUCACCCAGCACAACAAUUUCCGCACCUUCUUCCAGGCCCUCAUGCUCCUUUUCCGGAGCGCCACGGGGGAGGCCUGGCACGAGAUCAUGCUGUCGUGCCUGAGCGGGAAGCCCUGCGACGAGAACUCGGGCAUCAAGGAGCGCGAGUGCGGCAACGAGUUCGCCUACUUCUACUUUGUCUCCUUCAUCUUCCUCUGCUCCUUCCUGAUGCUGAACCUCUUCGUCGCCGUCAUCAUGGACAACUUCGAGUACCUGACGCGCGACUCCUCCAUCCUCGGGCCCCACCACCUGGAUGAGUACGUGCGCGUGUGGGCUGAAUACGACCCCGCCGCCUGGGGCCGGCUGACUUUCAUGGAUAUGUAUGAAAUGCUGAGACAUAUGUCCCCACCCCUGGGUUUAGGGAAGAAAUGCCCGCCCCGUGUUGCUUAUAAGAGGACGAGGAGGUCCCCAAGGGGGCGAGGGCUGCCCGGGGGGGACCCUGUUCUCAGCCCUCUCUUCGCAGGGGGAGCCGACAAGCAGCAGAUGGACGCGGAGCUCCGCAAGGAGAUGAUUGCCAUCUGGCCCAACCUGUCCCCGAAAAACCUGGACCUGCUCGUCACCCCCCACAAGUCCACUGACCUGACGGUGGGGAAGAUCUACGCUGCGAUGAUGAUCAUGGAGUACUACCGGCAGAGCAAGGCCAAGAAGCUGCAGGCCAUGAGGGAGGAACAGAACCGGACGCCGUUGAUGUUCCAGCGCAUGGAGCCACCGUCCCCGACACAGGAGGGGGCCCCAGGGCCGGAUGCGGUGGCCACAGCUGAGCCAGGCGGGGGGCUGGCCGCGCACGAUGGGGGCCUCAAGGAAAGUCAGUCGUGGGUCACCCAGCGCGCCCAGGAGAUGUUCCAGAAAACGGGGACCUGGAGCCCCGAACGGGGACACCCCGAGGAUGUCCCCAACAGCCGCCCCAACUCCCAGUCCGUGGAGAUGCGCGAGAUGGCAAAGGACGGCUACUCCGACAGCGACUACCUCCCCGAGGCCGGCCAGCGGCCCCCCCAGCGCCGGCGGGAGAGGAGCCACCGUGCUUCCGAGCGCUCCCUGAGCCGCUACACCGACGUGGACACAGGCCUGGGCACGGACCUCAGCGUCACCACGCAGUCGGGCGACCUCCCUCCCAAGGAC